GUUGUUUUUGUUUUAUAAGAAUUAAACAAUAAUUAUUUAACAACUGAAAAAAGUGAGGAUAUAUUAUAUAAAAUAUGGCAUGCAGAAUAUAGGAAUAGCAUUUUGCUGCAUGAAAGUCAAGCAGGUGUUUACUACAGAAUAGCUCCAUCAUGCGGCAGUUUAUCUUGUUUGCGUGCUUGUUUACAUCGGUUACUACACAGACAUUAAAAUGUGAACACUUUAACAAAAAUCAUGCUAUUCGUUCUCCUACCGACUAUACAUGUAAAGAUUCAGAGAUUGAUGGAAAUGGAUCCUGCAAUACCACAGAGUUAUGUGUUAAGGAUGAAGAAGUUCCAGGGAGGCAACCAAACUGUUUCGUUUCAUGGACAAAUGAAUCUGGGAAAGUAGAAAUAAUACGAAAGGGUUGCUGGAGCCAAAGUAAACCAUGUUUAGCAAAGUGUGAAGCGGUAACAAUUAAAAGUGUUUUCUUCUGUUGCUGUGACAAUGAUUUGUGCAACUCUCAUUUCUCCCUUGGUCAUAUUAACAAAACAAUUAAAACAAACGAAGAAAAUCCUGUUGUCGUCCCAACGAAUGAAGAGACCUGGGUAGUAUUGGUGUAUACACUGGUACCUAUUACUCUGCUCAGUCUACUGGUGGUUCUUAUAUAUUGGAUUUACAGGAAAAGAAAACAUAGUUAUGGUGACAUCGACAAUGCAAGUGUGCAAACUCCAGGUUCAGGUUUAACCACUUCAACACAAAACACCCAACUGCUUAUUCCACCUGAGAUCAACUUGCCCCAGUUAAUCGACAUCAAAGCACGAGGAAGGUUCGGUUGUGUUUGGAAAGCUCAACUACACGACAGAUUUGUUGCAGUCAAAGUCUUUUUUCUACAAGAUAAGCAGUCAUGGCUUAAUGAACAAGAAGUUUUUAACACAGAGCUGGUUCACUAUCAUCCGCAUAUAUUAAACUUUAUCGCUGCUGCCAGCAGGGGUGUUGGGGUCGAAACUGAACUAUGGUUGAUCACAGAGUUUCAUGAAUAUGGGUCAUUGGCUGAUUAUUUGAAGACGCACACGAUGUCACUUCCUGUGGCUCUCAAGUUCAUGGAAACCAUGGCAACAGGGCUGUCUUUUCUACAUGAAGAUAUUCCACACAAGCAACCACACAAAGGACACAAGCCUGCAAUUGCUCAUCGUGACUUUAAAAGCAAGAAUGUUCUCAUCAGUAACGACAUGACGGCUGUUAUCGCUGAUUUUGGACUCGCUGUCAAGUUCAUACCAGGCGAAUGCACGGGGGAAAGCCAUGGACAGGUUGGAACGCGAAGAUACAUGGCUCCUGAGAUCCUGGAGGGAGCGAUUAACUUCCAACGCGAUGCUUUCCUACGUAUUGAUAUGUAUGCAUUCGCUCUUGUUAUGUGGGAAAUCAUAACAAGAUGUUCAGAUGUACCAGGAGGUUCUACACCUACAUAUAUGAUGCCGUAUGAGUUGGAACUUGGACAACACCCAACACUUGAUGAAAUGCAAGCUUGUGUGAUCGACCAGAAGACACGACCCGUAGUUAACGACCUCUGGAGACAAGAUGAGGUCGUUGGGAUCUUGUGUGAGACCAUGGAGGAAUGUUGGGAUCACGAUGCGGAGGCGAGAUUAUCGGCAGGAUGUGUGGAGGAGAGGAUCAACCAUCUUCAUCGAAGAAUUCAACCUCCUAAUGAACUUGCCGUGCAUCCCAACAUGAUCAAUAAUGAUGUGAUCAGGAACGGAGCUCCCGUGAUUGGAAACGGAGCUCCUGUGAUUGGAAAUGGGGCUCCUGUGAUUGGAAACGGGACUUCAAUGAUUGGAAACGGGACUCACGUGAUCAUUCCUCCAUCUCCAACAUCUGACACCGAUAUUCAGAAUCAAAUUAACAACAGAAAGAACCAAGAGCUUCCUGUUAACAGUAAUGAAAAACUCACAAAUGAAGUUAACGCUGCUGGGUUGGUUGCCACGGUAACAUGUGAUGCUGAAACUGCCUUGUUGUCAGCAGGUGACAGGGAAUCAAAUGUUUGAACAUCCCAGCUAUAUAUAUUAAAUGACCGUUUGAAGAUAUAUGCUUAAUGUACGUGGUGUACUAUUCAAUAAUGAAAAUGGCCGUUCAAUUUUAGGUAAAUAAUUUUUAAAACUACAACUCUUUUUUUUAUAAGUGUACUGAGGUUUAAAAUAUGAACUUUUAUAACUGUAUACAAAACUAGAGUAUCCAAUGCAAUAGAACUUUUGUAACUAUAUAAAAAACUGGGGUUCUUAAUACAAAUUGCAAGGUGUUCAAAUCUGAUGUUACGAAGCACAGCUUCUGCCAAUCAAAACAAAGUGCCAUCAGUUUACAUGGGCGGCAAUACACAUUUGCUUUUUAUGAUAACUAUAUAUAGCGUGUUAUACUUCGAAAUCAGCAAACAUUAUUUUAAUGACCAUCCUUUCAUCUUUUCAGUUCGUUUUUUAUUUUUUAUUGUGACAAAACAAUUGAACUAAUUAAGUCGUACAGAUGUGCCGCUUAUUUUACCUUCGUUGCAUUUUAUCAAAUCGUUGUUUGAAAGUAUUGUAUAUACUUGUAGUAAAUACAGCAUCAAAGCGACUAU